CGCGGCGCUGUACGUCCAAGAUGGCGGCGCCCUGUAGGCUGGAGGGACUGUGAGGUAAACAGCUGAGGGGGAGGAGACGCUGGUGACCAUGAAAGACACCAGGUUGACAGCACUGGAAACCGAAGUACCAAUUGUCCCCAGAACAGUCUGGUAGUGGCACCAAUGAAGAAUCUUCAAAGUUUUUAGCACACGUCCUGAACCCAGCACAGCACAUUCGUGUAAGAUAAUGGCCCAGCAAGCAAAUAUUGGGGAGCUCCUCUCCAUGCUGGAUUCCCCCAUGCUGAGUGUGCGUGAUGACGUAACAGCCGUCUUUAAAGAGAACCUCAAUUCUGACCGUGGUCCGAUGCUUGUCAACACCUUGGUGGAUUAUUACCUGGAAACCAAUUCUCAGCCUGUAUUGCACAUCCUGACUACCUUGCAAGAGCCACAUGAUAAGCACCUCUUGGACAAAAUGAAUGAAUACGUGGGCAAAGCCGCCUCUCGGUUAUCCACCCUCUCGUUACUGGGCCACGUCGUGAGGCUGCAGCCAUCUUGGAAGCAUAAGCUCUCUCAAGCACCUCUUUUGCCUUCUUUACUAAAAUGUCUCAAGAUGGACACCGACGUCAUCGUCCUCACCACGGGGGUCUUAGUGUUGAUAUCCAUGCUCCCAAUGAUUCCGCAGUCGGGGAAGCAGCACCUUCACGAUUUCUUUGAUAUUUUUGGCCGUCUUUCGUCAUGGUGCCUGAAGAAGCCAGGCCACGUGACGGAAGUCUAUCUCGUCCACCUCCACGCCAGUGUUUACGCUCUCUUCCAUCGCCUGUAUGGGAUGUACCCUUGCAACUUUGUCUCUUUUCUGCGUUCUCACUACAGUAUGAAGGAAAACCUAGAGACUUUUGAAGAAGUGGUCAAGCCAAUGAUGGAGCACGUGCGAAUUCACCCAGAAUUAGUGACUGGAUCCAAGGACCAUGAACUGGACCCUCGAAGGUGGAAGAGGUUAGAAACACAUGAUGUUGUCAUAGAAUGUGCCAAAAUCUCUCUGGACCCUACGGAAGCCUCAUAUGAAGAUGGCUAUUCUGUGUCCCACCAGAUCUCAGCCCGUUUCCCUCAUCGUUCAGCUGAUGUCACCGCCAGUCCUUAUGUUGACACACAGAAUAGCUAUGGGAGUGCUGCUUCUACCCCUCACUCCACUUCUCGGCUGACGUUGUUAAACACGCCAGGGCAGCUACCUCAGACUCUGAGUUCCCCAUCGACACGGCUGUUAACUGAGCCGCCACAAGCUACUCUUUGGAGCCCAUCUAUGGUUUGUGGGAUGACCACUCCUCCGACUUCUCCUGGAAAUGUCCCACCUGAUUUGUCACACCCUUACAGUAAAGUCUUCGGUACAGCGGCAGGUGGAAGAGGAGCUCCUCUGGGAACCCCUGCAACCUCUCCUCCUCCAGCCCCACCCUGCCAUUCGGAUGACUACGUGCACAUUUCACUCCCACAGGCCCUGGCCACAGCCCCCAAGAAGGAAGAGAGAACAGAUUCUGCAAGGCCCUGUCUACACAGACAACACCAUCUUCCGAAUGACAGAGGAUCAGAAGAGCCAACCGGGAGCAAAGGAUCUGUCACUCUCAGUGAUCUUCCAGGGUUUUUAGGCGACCUGGCUUCUGAAGAAGAUAGCAUUGAGAAAGAUAGAGAGGAAGCGGCGAUAUCUAAAGAACUGUCUGAGAUCACGACGGCUGACGCCGAGCCCCUGGUUCCUCGUGGAGGCUUUGACUCUCCCUUCUACCGGGACAGUCUCCCGGGCUGCCCGCGAAAGACCCACUCAGCCGCCUGCAGCGCUCAGGGCACCAGUGCGAACCCUGAGCCUUUCAACUCCUCCCUGGACAAGCUGGGGCCUGACACACCUAAGCAGGCCUUUACCCCCAUAGACCUUCCCUGCAGGGGUGCCGAGGAGAGCCCCGCCGGGCACAGAGAGCUCCAGGCCUUGCUGGAGAGCAGCAUCCUCACUCCCAGCCCUUGUAAAAUCCCACUGCACAAGGAAGUGGGGUGUGGCAGUGGGCAGCCUGCCCCGUAUGAUCAUCUUUUUGAGGUGGCGUUGCCAAAGACUGCCCAUCAUUUUGUCAGCAAGAAGACCGAGGAGCUGCUAAAGAAAGCGAAAGGGAACGCAGAAGAGGACUACAUGCCGUCCGCCUCCCCCAUGGAGGUGCUGGACAGGCUGAUACAGCAGGGGGCAGAUGCACACAGCAAGGAGCUCAGCAGGUUGUCCUUACCCAGCAAGUCUGUGGACUGGACCCACUUUGGAGGCUCUCCUCCCUCAGAUGAGAUCCGCACCCUCCGUAACCAGUUGCUUUUACUGCACAACCAGUUACUCUAUGAGCGUUUUAAGAGGCAGCAGCACGCGCUCCGGAACAGGCGGCUCCUGCGCAAGGUGAUCAGGGCGGCGGCUCUGGAGGAGCACAACGCGGCCAUGAAAGACCAGUUGAAGUUACAAGAGAAAGACAUCCAGAUAUGGAAGGUUAGUCUGCAGAAAGAACAAGCCAGAUACAGUCAGCUUCAGGAGCAGCGAGACACAGUGGUCACCCACCUCCACAGCCAGAUCAGACAGCUGCAGCACGACCGGGAGGAGUUCUACAACCAGAGCCAGGAGUUACAGACGAAGCUGGAGGACUGCAGGAACAUGAUUGCAGAGCUGCGCGUGGAACUGAAGAAGGCCAACAGCAAGGUGUGCCACACGGAGCUGCUACUCAGCCAGGUGUCUCAGAAGCUCUCAAAUAGUGAGUCAGUCCAACAGCAGAUGGAGUUCUUGAACAGACAGCUGUUGGUUCUUGGGGAAGUCAACGAGCUGUACCUGGAACAGCUGCAGAGCAAGCAUUCAGACACCACAAAGGAAGUAGAAAUGAUGAAAACUGCAUAUCGGAAAGAACUAGAAAAAAACAGAAGCCACGUUCUCCAGCAGAAUCAGAGGCUCGAUACUGCUCAAAAAAGGAUUUUGGAACUGGAAUCUCAUCUGGCCAAGAAAGACCACCUUCUUUUGGAACAGAAAAAAUAUUUAGAGGAUGUCAAACUCCAGGCAAGAGGACAGCUGCAGGCCUCAGAGAGCAGGUAUGAGGCUCAGAAGAGGAUCACCCAAGUGUUUGAAUUGGAGAUCUUAGACUUGUACGGCAGGUUGGAGAAGGAUGGUCUCCUGAAAAAACUUGAAGAAGAAAAAGCAGAAGCAGCAGAAGCAGCAGAAGAAAGGCUCGACUGUUGUCGUGACGGCUGCUCGGAUCUUGUGACAGGGCACAAUGAAGAGGCGUCUAGCCGAAAUGGUGAGACCAAGCCCCCCAGGCCCAGCGGCGCCCGGGGCGGUAGUGGAAGUAGAGGCGGUGGAGGUGGCAGCAGCAGCAGCAGUGAGCUUUCUACCCCGGAGAAGCCCCUAAACCCGAGGGCGGGCCCGUUCAGCAGUCGGUGGGAAACUGCCGUGGGAGAGCCCUCCGUGGGCAUCCCUGCGACUGUUGGCUCACUGCCCAGUUCAAAAAGCUUCCUGGGCAUGAAGGCGCGCGAGUUAUUUCGUAAUAAGAGUGAGAGCCAGUGCGAUGAGGACGGCCUGACCAGCAGUGGCCUUUCUGAGACCCUAAAGACAGAGCUGGGCGAAGACUCGGGCGUGGAAGCCAAGCCUCCCCUGAACGUGGACGGCCCGCAGCCGCCGCCCCUGCAGCCGGACAGCGUGGGGCAGCUCCGCAUCAUGGACUACAACGAGGCACAGCACGGGCACAGCUAGGGGUGGCGCCGGGCAGUGCUAGCUGUGUGCCGCUGGCCGAGAACACAGGUGUGAGCGCCCGCUCCCGAGCGUCCCUGUCUCCAGGCUUCGAGGGGCUAGCUCCCGCACAGGAAAUGGGCUAGGGGUCCUUUGACAGUUGACUGAAUGCAGAACGGUUUUUGGAUCUGGCAUUGAAAUGCCUCUUCAGCUUCCCUUCGACCGUCCCCGAACCCUCUGUUUCAUUUACCUGGCAGCCUGUACUAACCCGAGGGCCAGGGUGCGUUCCUCACUAGCUUUAUUUUCUUCCUUUUCCCCCAAAUGGUUGCGUCCUUUGAACCUGUGCAAUAUGAGGCCAAAUUUAACCCUGGAGCCUAACACCCCACCUGCUCCUUUCCUGCAGCUCACAUAGCUGGGUGGGCUCUCCGUGAGCCCAGGUCAUUGGUGGCAUCGCAGGUAAGUCUGGUUUUGUCCCUUUUCAGGAGGAUGUGACAUGCAAAGCUGAUCAGUCUUCACGAGAGCUUUUACAUGAGAUGUUGUCACUGCUUUUGGUUCUAACAUCCAGCAUCUAAAGCUGCAGAUCUAGAAAAACAGUGGUUUAUUCUCUCAAGUUCUUUUGGCGGUUCUGAUAAGCUUCCUAGAGAGUUCCAUGUGAACAGAGGUCUGUCGUUGAAAGAGUCUGGAGCUGGCUCUGAGGAGACCAUGCUCCCCUUCAGGAGCGCUCUGCCCCUGGCCCCGCCCCCUCUCGUUUAUGUGGCAGUCCUUGAAAGCUGCUGCUGUUCUGAGCACAGGCUGGGCUGUGGGUGGUGAGACUCGCUCUCUGUGGGAGGGAGGGUGGUGACGGGCGCACCUCCCCGACAAGGAAGGCGCUGUAGAUGAGGCCCUGCCCUCCAGGUGGGGCGGUGCUAGCUGUCUGCCUCCCUUCCCUGUACUGAGUGCCUCCUGUUUAAGUCAGCUUCUCUGUGAUGCUGCAGCAGAAAGGCUCUGAAGGUCCAAAGAGUUUCUUCAAAGUUUUAUGACCAUCAUUUCUCAGGCUGUGAGAGUUGCCUCACUGUAGUAGAUUCUGGGCCACCAAAAAGGUAACAGCUUUCUCACACCAGUGCUGACUUUCAGGGGCCGACCCCGCAGGGAGCCUGGUGCUCCUCCCCUCGCACGUGCUGGGCUGGCAGAGUGCUAAAGCAGGGUCCUGGAGAGGGUGACAGAGGCUGACUGCCUGGACCCACAGGGCUGCCCGCAAACGCUCGGGAGAGGUGACACCAGUCAGAACACGGGUGGUGGCAGAGAAUCUGAACUCAGCAGGUGCCCCUGAAAGAAGUGCUAGAAGCCUAAGCAUUGUUGUCUGGUGUUCCAGCUGAGACCGAGGCAGGGAGAGAUUGGUAGGAAAGAGCCAAUGAACCUGGCUUUUCUCUUUCUCUUCUUUCAGUUAAAAGUGUAGAAGCAUUCAUCUGUGAGGAGGGAAAAGGCAGACUGAAAUGGUACGAAACUUUAGGGCAUAUGGAAGCUUCCAGCACAUGAGGGUAAAAGUCUCUUUUUUAAAGUGCGGCAAUAAGUACUGUAGCCUCUAACCAGUGGGGGCUGGAGACAGAUCUGUGUGGCAGUGGCUGUACCGGCAGAGGACCCACUCGGGACAGGAGUUCCAGGUGUGGCUGAUGGGUCCCAGCCUGAGGGAGGGUGCGGGCCCGCCUGCUCUCACCCCGGCCCAGGCCCGGCAGUUGCCUCUGGAUGCCCGAUGUGGAGUAUUAAUGGCACCAUACGUUUAAUUCAGCUUUUUCCAAAGGAAAGCUUAAAAUUGAAUACGUUCUGGUUUCCUAGUUCAAUUUUAUUUAGAAAAGGUAAACAUGAACAAAUUCAGGAAAGAUUACAAGAUAAUUGUGAAAACUGGUUCUAAAUGCUUAUCCCUCCCCAAGCCCAGGAGUGCUGUACCACAGAACAGAGAUACUAGGCAUAAGAGUCAGAGCCUUUUACCCUAACUGGCAAAAGCAAGGAGGCCAAUGUAAAGAAAGAAAGAAAUAUUUUUUAAUGGGCAGAUUGUGAAAAUAUAGGGAAGAAGGAGGCAGCGUGGUAAAGUGGACAGGCCUGGGCUGGAGGCCCUGCGCAGCUUUACAGCCACAGCUGACCCAGAGCAGCUGCACUCGGCUUCCUUUGGGCUCUAGGAGGCCAUGGGUUUUAUUCAGCCAAGGCUGGGGUGAGGAAUGGAGGCUUGGAGUCGUGCUGAAGUUACCCAGCCUGAAAAUUUAGGCUUUGAUAUUGCAGAGGACUUGAGUCGAGAAGAAAGUUUGGUUUGGUUUUGAGAAUGAUAGGCCUGCUGAGAGUCAGUGGGUCACUCAAUUAUGUGGCAGUGAGUAUUUUUAAGGAUGGGAAGGUGAUAGUGGUAGAGGAACUCCCGAGAGAGAAUUCAGGCCUGGGAACAGGCAGGACGAAGGCAGGAGAACCGUCCUGUUCCAGCAGAGCCUGCACUGAGGCUAAGCAGAGUGGUGUUCACAGAUGUUAGGGUUUGUCUCCGCCGGCUCGCUUGGAGCAGGCUUUCCUGCCUCAGAGCUGUUUGGCCGUUGUCCAUUACCUGUUCUGAUUGCCAGCUGACACUAGCCAGGGUCAGCACAGACCCUGAGAAGAUUGAAGUCUGCUUCUUGGGAGCAUGAAACCUUGUUUUAAAAGGGAGCACUACAGCAUCAUUGCUGGGGGCGGGGCGGUGAUAGCAUGGUCUCCAUAGAGAAGAUGAGUUCCUGAACCUACAGCAGGUAAAUAAGCACAUGGAUCCCCAUCAGACAGAACUUCCAUGGAUUUUUAAAAAGUGUUUGAUGAGGUUCUGCCACAAGUCUAUGGAAUUUGUUACUGUGGAGUUGGAAGAACUAUCUGGUUGUGAAUAAGAAAACUAACAGAAAUCCAAAGUUAGGAGACAGAGAUCAUUUCUUGGGUCAGAGGUCUCUGUGGAGGUGAAUGCUGGGACCAGCUGUAUAAGGUGGGUGGGUAGAUGUGCCCUCCCCAGGUUUGUCAGCAGAGUUUUUCAGGAUGGAAAACUGUCUCACCUUUGGGAAUAAGCUGCUGAGGGUUCUCAUUAGGCUCUGUGAGUGGAGAGAGAUGAUGGAUGAGCUACUUUGUGAGCCAGAAUGUACGUACUGUGUUUAGGGGCAAAUCCUCCAAACUCUUCUUAUAAGGUAGACUGUUAAAAUCCAGGGAAAGGUCCCGGAAGCAAUUGGAAGGAUUAGCCCACCGUGCCAUGUGGCCAAAGAGGCCAGCACCCCACUGGCAAACCUAGGACAGUGGGAAACAAAACUCCAGACCCGGGCCAUCCCCGUUUGCAACAGCACAUGUAGUUUCCAAUGUUUUUGUUGAGAAAGAUAAAACUCUAGUAGUUUUGUAAAGAGGAUAAAUGACAUGAUGGUGAUGAGAGAGGGCCCGUGGAGACCACGGAGGCUCAGAUUCACAGUUCAGAAUAAAAAAAUUGGGUGUUUCUGUGUAGAGAAUAUAACAAAAGUGCUAUGACUAGCCAAUGUGAAUUUUUACCAAAUACUAGAACAUACCACUUGAAGCUAGAAAGAAAUAACUAAAGAACAAGUGAAAGUACUACAUGAAGAUGCGGUUUUUCUAACCAAAAACAAUAAGAUGUGGUAGACAGUGUGGACAGGCCUAAGGAGGGUUUGGGCAGAGUGAAGACUGAGUCCAGAGCUGCUGUCGAGGUGGAGCACCGCCCACCUUGUGUGGAUGCUCUCAGAGAGGCCAACUGUCCCCCUUAGAGUGGCCCUGGGAGCAGCCUGAGCCUGCUCAGAAGCAUGUGUCUCGUGCGAGGAAUGGCCCAAAUCAGCACAUCUUACUCUGGGCAUUUUCACUCUUUGAGGUAUGUGCUUUAAAACUGACCAGCAGUGAGUGUGGGAUGAUGUUUGCGUAUCUGUUUACAUCCAGAGUUCUUUGAUACAUGCCCCUGCCCUCCCCUGUCCCAGACCGCAGCAGAGGAAAUGAUUGCACUUGAUUAAACUUUUCCCUAUAGACGAAAGAACAAAUUCAGGUUGGGGCCUGGCCCCCAGGCUGCUGCUGUGACCCUUGUCCCCACGUGGCGCAUUUCCCCGUCCACGACCCUGAUGUACCCAGGGGAGCGGCAUUUCCGUCUUCUCCACGCCAUCCUGAGAAAAGAGCGGCUGUGGCUACAGGGGGAGCCUGCCUGGGAGAGUGGAGCACCUGUGCCCACGACGGCUUCUGGCCUCAAAACGAGUUAACGAAGGCAGAAGAGCUUUCUCUCCCCUUCCCGUCGCAGUGCCACAAAAUUGUCCAUCCUCGGGGAUAAGUAGACUAGUUGCACCAUUGGAGUAGAUCUUUUAGAGGAGACCCCUUCCCCCCAGACCAGUCCCUCCCUUUCCCCACCUCGAUACAGUGUUUGGACAGGAGGGUACGGCGCUGCUCUCUGCAGCAGAUACUUUGGCUUAUUGAAGAGGCAGCCAGGCAUUUUGCACUAGGAAGAAUCAGUGAUCACUUUUCAGAAGACUUCUAUGGACCAUAAGUAUAUUACGGAGGAACAGAUUUUGCUAGAACAUAAUCUAGUUUUGUAACUCAAUCAUGGAUCAACCGUAUGUGGCUAACUUGCAGUUUAAAGGGGUCCCAUCAGUGAAAAGCAGAUUUUUUUUGGCUGACUGCUUUUAGCUAAAUGUAAGAAAGUCCUCUCUUGUCAAAAGGUUUACAGCUUCCCGUCUUGAUCUUAAAAGCAUGUCAGACAGUCCGCAUCAGAUGCCAUAGACGUGAACCGCGAGAGGAAAUGGUACAAUCUUAGCGAAUGGGAAUUGGAAUCAAAAGGGUUUGCUGUCCUUCUUAGAAUGUUCUAAAAUGUCAAGGCAGUUGCUUGUGUUUAACUGUGAACAAAUAAAAAUUUAUUGUUUUGCACUA